AUGCUCCUGAAAAUCAUUUUGAUCGCUCUCAUCUUUGUUAACAUCUCGCAAGCUCUUGUGACUUCACCAUCUGAGACCAAAGUGUCCAUCUACGACUUCUGUAGCUACAAGGUUCCAUGUGCUCCAGGACAUCUGUGCCAUGAGGGAUUCUGCAUCCAGCAACAGUCAUAUGGAUCAUUCCCAUCAUUUCCAAGAUCAAUGUUCUAUCGUUCUCUUUACCGUCGUUGA